CAGCUGACUCGGCGUAAAGCAGAUACGUUCACGACACGUUUUGGAGCAGCAGCCUCUCGCAGGGAAAUGUCGGGUCCCGAGCAGAAGGAAUUCUCCCCCAGCGCCCUGCCGUUGCCUGAGAUACCGAAAUGCUUGCAGAUCCGAUCGGUAACCAAAGGACUCAUCUCGUAUGCGGAGUCUCUUGAGAUGAAGCAGUGCCGCAGGGCUGCCCACGCUUGCAUUUGGGCACCUCAUCCAGGUUUUACAAAUUUUGGGGAAUGUAGAGCGGCAAUAAUGAUGCACCUUCGCUUUGACGGCACCUUUGGCUUCCCUGGGGGUCUCAUUGAGGAUGGGGAGGAUGUUAUCGAAGGCCUCAACAGAGAAAUGGCUGAGGAAAUUGGUUGGAACCCGGCAGUCCGGCAGAUCACCUGGUCAGAUUACUACAGUACUCAGUUAGAAACAAGAAAGAACAUGGUUCUGCACUUCUUCAUUGUUCAAAUAACGCUUGAACAGUUCACAGAGCUUGAAAAGAACUGUGUUUUAGCUCCAGAGUAUGGAAAUGAGGUUUUUGGAACCAUUCGUGUUCCUCUAUACACAAUGGCCAAUGAAUACAGUGGGUUACCAGCUUUCCUUAAUAAUAGGUUCAUCGGGAUAGCAAAGCAGCAGCUCCUGUUAGCACUGUAUCAGCAGAAGAUUAUGGCAGAAUCAGAAAUUACUGAAGUUUUGUAUAAGAGCCAAAACUACAAGUUAGCUCCGAAUAGGGUCUGAAGAAUUGAGCAGCAGCAUUGGACAACCAAUACUGGCUUACAUCAGUGAGCUGAUGAUUUGGCAAAAUGAAAGAACUUGCUGACUUGGUGCUGUUUGCAAUCAGUUCCUUUAUUUGACCUCCUUAGAUGUUUGUUGACAAAAGAAAGAAUAGAGCAAUAUAGAAUUUGAUCAUCAGUGUUUAAUGUAAACUGUUAGUUUUAUCUUGUUUUAUUAUUACUUUAGCAUUGCAAGGGAUUUUGUGUAUUUUCCUCUCUCUCUCUUCUCUCUCUCUCUCUCUCUCUCUCUCUCUCUCUCU